ACAAACCGUUAGAGUAUGCACAACCUUGAUAUAGGUGAAUCGUCUAGCUAGCAGGAAACCGGCGGGAGUGGUGCGCAGUGAAAUAUUUAUUUUACAACUUUUACAAGGCUAAUUGCAAAUGUUUUAACUGAUCCGUUCAUUCCGGUGUUGUAAAAUAAUUUCAAUUUAAUUUAUAGCUCACAGUUUUGUGCACAGAAACGCGUUGCGGCGAAAUCGACAUCUUUUUUAUUUGAAAUUUGGAUUUAGUAGGAAAAAUGGGCAGAACUCCCACUGUUUUACCAUCUGGAGAUUUUGAUGCUGAAACUGAUGCUAAAGCAUUGAAAGAAGCGUUUAAGGGUUUUGGAACAGAUGAAGAUACGGUUAUUGACAUUAUCGCAAGAAGGACCAAUGAACAACGGAGACAAAUUGCAGUUGCUUUUAAAACUAUGUUUGGAAAGGAUCUGAUGAAAGAAUUAAAAUCUGAGCUAAGAGGAAAUUUCGAAGAUGUUAUUGUAGCCCUUAUGACUGACCCUAUCGAAUUUCAAGCCAAAGAGCUGCAUCACGCUAUUAGCGGUCUUGGUACCGACGAACCUACCAUCGUUGAAAUUUUGGGUAUUCAUAAUAACGAAGAAGUGGUUAAUAUUGCAAAUGCUUAUGAAGGCUUGUAUCAAACAUCUCUAGAGGCCGAUAUCAAAGGUGACAGUUCAGGACAUUUGAAACGACUUCUGGUGUCUUUAGCAAAUGGCCACAGAGAUGAAUCUGAUGAAGUGGACGAAGAAUCAGCUCGUGCUGAUGCCCAAGCCCUUUUGCAGGCAGGAGAACUAUUGUUUGGAGGAACUGAAGAAUCUGUAUUCAACAUGGUUCUUUGUCAAAGAAAUCGUCCCCAGUUGAGAAGAAUAUUCCACGAAUAUGAAAACAUAACUGGGCAUUCAAUUGAGAAAGCUAUUGAGAAUGAAUUUUCUGGUAAUAUUAAGGAUUCUCUGUUGCAGUUGGUUCAAUGUGUCAGAGACCCUAUCGAAUUUUUAACUACAAGAAUUCACGAUUCGAUGGCAGGAAUAGGCACUGAUGAUCGAACCCUUAUAAGAAUAAUCGUUGGAAGAUCCGAACUUGAUCUAGGAGAAAUAAAAGAAGUUUUUGAAGGAAAAUAUGGAAAAACUUUGGCUGAAAGAAUAGAUCAGGACACUUCAGGAGAUUACAAGAAAACGCUGAUUACCAUUGUUGGAUGAAGUUGGCAAACAUGCCAAAAGUAUUAUUAAGUUAUAUAUAUAUAUAUAUACAAUAUAAAAAGGCCUUAUUUAGCUUUAGAAUACAAUAUUUGCUACCAGUUUUUUUUUUCUAUUAUUAAACUUUAUUAUUACAUUAUACUCAAAUCGAAUAGGUAGGCGAGUUUUUGAUAUCUCCAUUUCCCAACUGGAGUGACCAAGAAAGUACAGCAGGAAGAAGUUGAAAGAGAUAAAUACCUAUAACAACCAUGUUUUUUCUAAUAACAGAAUGCUGGACGAGUGAAUUUGUAUAGCCAAUAAACAAAACAAUGAUUUCUA